AUGCAUCCCACGUACCCCGCUCUUUCCUAUAGUUAUUCCAAUCAUCGACCGAAUGCGGUUCAACCGGUAGUGAUAGAUCCAUACUGGUCGACCACUUGGCCAACAAUCAGAUCCAUACUUCUCAGUUUUCUCAUGUUAAUAUCGAGUGCAGCCAUCAUUGGUCUCGAGAUUGCGAACGUAGCUAUGGAGUAUAAUAAAGAAAAUGACUUCAAAAGAUUGGGUAUGGAUACUUCGAAAGUGGGGGCAGGUAUAUGGUGUGGAUCGAUCUCAUUUUUAGCUGCUAUAUUUAUCGUCGUCAUCGUGUGUGUACGAAACAAACGUGUAGCAGCAACAUUUGCGUUGAUUGCUGUCACAUUAGCCUUCUUCUUUACUAUUAUUCUCGUGGGUCUUACAGCAAACUCAAUUCAACGUGAUCAAGAUCUCUACGAUAUGCAACGUAGAUUAAUCAUUGCCAUCCUCUCCAUAGCUCUGUUCAUUCUUACCCAAUGCCUGAUAUUUUUUCUCAUGUAUAUCAGCGUCUUUUUCUCGUCGGCAACUCGUAUAUCGUCAGUAUAUUACUAA